AUGCCCCCCUCUGAUCCUAUCUGUCUCGACCUCCCUAACCCCUCUCGGGACUUGUCCCUCUCAAUCCCCUCACCCCCUCCUCUCACCCCCUCUUUUCCCCCUUUCUCCCCCCCCCCUCCCCCCCCCCCCCCUUCCUCGUCCCCCCUCCUCUCCCCCAUCCAUUCCCCACCUCCUCGUCCCCCUUCCUCUCCCCCCUCCUUUCCCCCUCACCUCCCUCUCCCCUGUCCCUCUCCCCUGUCCCUCUCCCCUGUCCCUCUCCCCCGUCCCUCUCCCCUGUCCCUCUCCCCUGUCCCUCUCCCCCGUCCCUCUCCCCUGUCCCUCUCCCCCGUCCCUCUCCCCUGUCCCUCUCCCCCGUCCCUCUCCCCUGUCCCUCUCCCCUGUCCCUCUCCCCCGUCCCUCUCCCCUGUCCCUCUCCCCCGUCCCUCGCCCCUGUCCCUCUCCCCUGUCCCUCUCCCCUGUCCCUCUCCCCCGUCCCUCUCCCCUGUCCCUCUCCCCCAUCCCUCUCCCCUGUCCCUCUCCCCCGUCGUCCCAUGCUCACCCCUCCCCCCCCCCCCCCAACCUCACAGAAACAACACAUGCACUCCACACCACUCCACAUGUCUGCAUACCUCAGCACUCCACUGCCACUUGCCACACCGCGCCAAAAGAGAGCACCGUCAAAUGAUGAUGCCGCUCGCCAUUCAAUUCGCUGCUCGUGCCAGCUCCGACGCCUGUGAUGCUCGCCUCGCCGCCGCCACUCGCCUCUCACAAUCCACGCGGCGCUACGACUUCCUCGGCUUUAGUCACUGCCGCCAAUAG